AUGGCUCUUCUUUUUUCUCUUGGCCUCGUGGGCCACAUCACCUCUGUUUCGGGCCUGAGCUUCAGCGUUCCAGCAAGUCCCCCAUCAAAUGCAAGUGGCCAGCUUUCUGCUGCGCCUGUAGGUGUUUCUUUGGAGUUUUUUGCCUUCCCAGCCUACAUGGAAGAUGUCGAUGCGACUACCACGUGUUUGCAAAACCUGAAAGAUUUGACAGGUACUUGGCCACCAUUGAGAAUUGGGGGAACUACGCAAGAUCGCGCAACAUAUGAUGCAGCUUCUACAAACGCUGUGAACUACACGGUCGCUAGUCCCAGUGACGCGCCAGACUCACUCACGUUUGGUCCAUCGUUCAUCUCCAUAGCAGCAUCCUACGGUGGUGAUAUAAUCCUGGGUCUUAAUAGGCGUCUAGACAAUCAGUCAAACACAAUCGCCGCUGCAGCUCUAGCUAAGAGCAAGAUGGAUAAUCUCUAUGCCAUUGAGCUCGGCAACGAGCCUAAUUUUUUCACUAGCAGUGAUCCGAUCGCCGACGGCGAGUCUUGGACUGCUUCAGCUGACUAUUCAUCGGAGGUAAGCUGGCAGGAUGCAGUUUGUGGGAAUCUCUCGGCGUCGAAUGUUAUUUCGGCCGGCGUUUUCUUUGGCACCUCGCCAAUGAGUAUUGCUGGAUUGACUGUUGCUGAGGGCGGUACAAAUGCUUACGUCAAGGACUACUGUUCGCACAAUUAUCCGCAGUCAGCAAGCACGGCCAAUUUGUCUCUUCUGAUGAGCCACACCGGCAUUGCUUCGGAAAUUGAGCCCUUUGCUAAGGAAGUUUCUGCUGCUAAAUCUAAGAAUAAACCCCAUAUUUUUGGGGAAACCAACUCAGCCACUCAAGGCGGUGGUGGUAUUAGUCCAACCUAUGGAGCUGGACUUUGGAUCUUGGACUAUGUGAUGCAAACCCUUCUUUUGGGCACUGAGGCCCUGUACUUCCACCAAGGAACUAUAGGAAACUGCCAGUAUUGUUGGUGGGGUAGAUACGAUAUGGGUUCACCUUAUUACGGUGCCUACUUUGCAACCAUGGCUCUGGCCAACGCAGACCAGAUCGCACCGCUAGAUGACCAGAAAUCCGCGUAUGCUGCUUAUGCUAUUUACAAGUCCGGGGCCCCAGUCAGAGUUUUGUUGUACAAUUCCGACUAUUAUACUAGCGGCACACGACCAUCUCAAACAUACACCUUGUCAGGGUUGUCGUCUGGUAUAGUAACAGCCAAACGUUUAACAGCUCCGUAUUCGACUUCCAGAGUUGAUUACGGCCAAAAUCCGUCUGUUGCUGGUCAGACAUUUGCGAAUGGAACUUGUUCUAUUCAGGGCACUAAAAUAACCGAAAGCACUACAGUCUCUGCAGGAGCAGCAACUUUUACUGUUGGGGCAUCAGAAGCUUUGCUGGUAUAUUUGUGA